GGGGCGGGCAGGUCCGGGCAGAGGAUGCUCCCCGAUGGCACCUGCACCAGGCUUCCGGGCGGUGCAGGCAGCGACGGUGGUGGCAGCGACAGCGGCGGUGGUGGAACAGGCAGCGCCUCGGCGGAGGCGGCGGCGGGGGGCAUGGACUCGGGCGGCAGGAACUCCUCUGGCGGCCCAAACAGCACCCUGAGCGAGUCUCAGGGCAGCGCCAUCCUCAUCUCAUUCAUCUACUCCGUGGUAUGCCUAGUGGGGCUGUGUGGCAACUCCAUGGUCAUCUACGUGAUCCUGCGCUAUGCCAAGAUGAAGACUGCCACCAACAUCUACAUCCUCAACUUGGCCAUCGCAGAUGAGCUGCUGAUGCUCAGCGUCCCCUUCCUGGUCACCUCCACCCUGCUACACCACUGGCCUUUUGGCUCACUGCUCUGCCGCCUGGUGCUCAGCGUGGAUGCCAUCAACAUGUUCACCAGCAUCUACUGCCUGACUGUGCUCAGUGUGGACCGCUACAUUGCUGUGGUGCACCCCAUCAAGGCAGCUAGGUACCGCCGGCCCACUGUGGCUAAGAUGGUCAAUCUAGGUGUCUGGGUGCUUUCCAUCCUCAUCAUCCUGCCCAUCAUCAUCUUCUCCAACACAGCAGCUAACAGUGAUGGAACAGUGGCUUGCAACAUGCUCAUGCCAGAGCCCACCCAAAGGUGGCUGGUGGUCUUUGUGGUCUACACCUUUCUGAUGGGCUUCUUGCUGCCUGUGGUGGCCAUCUGCCUCUGCUACAUCCUCAUCAUUGCCAAGAUGCGCAUGGUGGCCCUGAAGGCUGGCUGGCAGCAACGCAAGCGCUCGGAGCGCAAGAUCACCCUCAUGGUCAUGAUGGUGGUGAUGGUCUUUGUCAUCUGCUGGAUGCCCUUCUACAUUGUGCAGCUUGUCAAUGUCUUCGUAGAGCAGGAUGAUGCCACCAUCAGCCAGCUCUCUGUCAUCUUGGGCUACGCCAACAGCUGUGCCAACCCCAUCCUCUAUGGCUUCCUCUCAGACAACUUCAAGAGGUCCUUCCAGCGGCUGCUCUGUCUCAGUUGGAUGGACAAUGUUGCAGAGGAACCCAUUGACUAUUAUGCCACUGCCCUCAAAAGCAGGGCAUACAGCGUGGAGGACUUUCCCCCAGACAACUUGGAGUCAGGGAGCAUGUACAGGAAUGGCACUUGCACCUCCAGGAUUACCACCCUCUAAGGAAGCAUUCCUGCCCCCCCGCUCCCCUAAUGCGCCCCAGCAGGAGGGUGAGCAAGGCCAGGGCCAUGGCAUGGGGAGGCCGGGAGGGAGGGGUCUUGAUCCUGCCCACCAGCAGUGGUAUUUGGAACAAGAAGGAGUGAAGAAAACCCCACGCCUUUGGUCUGCUGCCCCAUCACCCCCUUUGCUCCCCCAUCUGCCUCCCUGGAGAGUGGAUGCAUUCCCUGAUGCUUUGACACCUACUUAGCAAAUUGCCGCACUCAUGUGUCAGCUUAGGGUCGGGCAGCCAGGCUCUGCCAUCUCUCUCUGUCUGAGGAGUGGCUGUAUGGGUCCCUUCACCUUUUGUACAGGUUGCCCUCCUUUUUUGGGGGGACGCCCCAGGCCACUGAUUUAAGCCUGCUUCAGCCAAGUCCCAGCAUUCAGGCUCAGACUCCCUCCUAACUGAAAGCAACCCUGCUCAGCAGCUGUCAGUACGUACCUUCCUUUCAAAGAGUAGAAAAGAUGGAAAAAGUGCCCUCAUCACACUCCUCUUGUCCUCCCACAGGAAGGAGCAAGUAGCCUCUCUGCCCUCCCCCUUCACCCCCAAUAAAAAAGAAAGUGGGGAGAAAAAAGAUCCCGGAAAAGAAGUAGUAUAGUCAUGGAGCUGUUCUUUGCUUUACAGACAGCUUCCACUACACUGGGUUCUGGCUCUCCAUGCUACACUCAGGAGAAGCAGAGCAGAAAAGGUCUAUGGAAAAAAAUGGGAUUAAUGCUGUGCUUCAGGGCUGUGCAGCCGGUUGCUGAUAAUGGGAGAUAAACAGCCCAGUGAGUCACAGGGAGCUGAGCACUGAGCCAAGAGUCAGGGGGAGAACUGAGCUGGGAAAUGCUUGAAUCUGUCCAUAUAUACAAUAAAGUGUGCUAAUAUUAAAGUUUAAAGGGAGCACUAGACUGUGAAGUUACUGUCUUGAGCCUGCUCCAUCUGCUGUGAAACAGUGAUGAAGGGAGCUGGGACAGUUUUGAAUGACCUGAGUGGCCACAAAGUCACUUUAGCCUACAUGGAAAAAGGAGGAUUAAUUUCAAAAUCUCCAUCAGGCUCUGAAAUAAAUACUUGACAAAUAAAAAAUAGCUGUUUGAGGAUAGCUGUUACCCUAGCUCCAGUUUCUUCUGUUGCACUAAAAAUGUAAAAUGGGUUUCAUAUGUUGCCAAUGUAAUAUACUGGCCCGGAGCUUCUCAGUGUUUAAUUUCUGAGAAUUCUUACUUUCAGUUUGUGCCAGAUGUCUUUUUGCUUUAUUUUUUUUAUUUGGUUCUUGUCAUUGUCUUGUGAAUGUGUUUCUCUAAAGUAAUUUAUACUGUGUAGUUAUGUCUGUGGUGGCUGCUUGCAAGGUUGCAUUUAAAAUGAGUGAUGCUCAAGAAGGCUCCUUUUCACAUAAAAAGGUUGUAACUUUUUCUAACUCUUUCAUCUACAUUGUGUCCACAAAAAUUGUCUCUCCUGAAUUUUUCCUCUUCCCCUCUAUUGACAGAACAAUUUUUGUAUAGAUGAACGAAGCUUUCUUGUUUGAUAAAUGGCAGCUGAUUAAGCAACACCUCCUAUCCCUGCUCCGUCUUACCCCAGACAUAAGAGCCGGUACGGAUUGUGUUGAAGUAAGCAGCUAUGGUUUCUGCUUCCUACCACCUAUGUUAACAAUGUCACACAGUGGCAGGUGUCCCAGUAGCUGGGACAAAUAACUUCUCUAGCACAAUACUGUGGUUGUAUUAAUGAUAACUACUGGCAAUCUGAAGUAUGAGAUUGAGAAAAAUCUCUAGUAGCAGCAUACUCCUAGCAUUGUACUGGUAGAAAUGGUGCUUAAGUACAGUGUUAAGUGUAAAGCUGACAAUUAAGGCAUCUAGCAUUUAUGGUGGUGGACUUACUACAGGUCUUUGUUAAAUGAUACCCUUUAACUUUUCUCAGCAGCAAAAAGCAAGAUACUACUUUGUACAUUUCUUUCACCAAAAAUCAGGCACUGUUAAAUUAAUGUAUAAAUUUAAUAUUUCAAAGUUGUCUGAUUCAAAGCCCAUUGAAAUGAGAGAAAAAAUCCUAAUUCACUUCAAUGGACUAUGAGUCAGCUCCUUUUAGUUUAAAAAUUGCUAAUGUGGAAGCUGUUACAUCCUUAUUAAAAUAUUUUGU